UCCACAAAUAGUAUACCGACAUCAACCUCGCGACCGAGUCAUGCACCCCACAAUACCCUAGCUUCCGACCGACUCAUGCCAAUCUUGAUACCCAAUUAAAUUGGGGAAUACCCCCGAUGAUCAUCAAACUGGCUAUGCCAUAUCUACUCCAAGGGCCUUCUAGCUAAAUGUUAGUCCCUCUUCAAUGGUUUCCUCUUCGUAUGAGCUAGCAAUAUGGCUGUCGAUGGAGGUAAUGUUACCUACGAUGAGGCUUUUCUCAAUGAGAGUCGGCAGAAUGAGGUUUAUGCGAGGCACAUUGCCUUUUUCGCUCUGAUGAUGAUUAUUGUGCCGUGUCGGUUCUUUUCAUCGAGGUUGACGAAGAAGACGCUUUCUUGGGACGAUUGGCUUGCGUAUUUCGCAGCGUUCAAUACUGUUGGGGUAUUCAUCACAAGUAUGCUAUGGCUUCGAUUCGGCCUGGGGAGGCAUCUUGCUUGGGUGAUGCAGGACAAUCCGAAGAACAUCGAAAACUUCUUCAAGGCCAUCGUUGCAAAUGAGAUCAUGUACACGACGGCUUUGGCCUGUGCGAGAUUAUCCCUUGUGGCGUUCUUCUACCAUAUUUUCGGUGUAUCAAGCAUGAGAUAUUUUCUCCACGGAUUUGUCGCCUUUAUCAUUGCAUGGGCCAUCUCGACGUACGUUCCCUCGAUUCGAACAUGCUGGCCUAUCUCGAGCUUCUGGGAUGGCACGAACCAGAAUUGCAUCGAUCUUUCCAAAUUCUAUGUUGGAGUCGCCAUUGGUGGUAUCAUCACUGACAUUGGUCUGAUGAUUAUUCCUCUGCCGUAUAUCUGGGCUUUGAAGGUACCCUUAUACCAUAAGAUCUUGAUCGCAAUCAUGUUGGUCUUUGGUAGUUUUGCUUGUUUCGUCACCAUCAUCCGCCUCACCAAGGUCAUCACCGUUGAUCUGACCGAUCCAACUUGGGGUACUGUCGAUCUGAUGAUCUGGACCGGCAUGGAAGUCUACAGCGCUGUGAUUUGUUGCUGCCUCCCAACCAUGCGUCCGCUGAUCAAACUUUUCUGGAAGAAGCUCGGCUUAAAGCAACUGAGUUCAACUGGGAAUACCGAUCCCUCAAAACCUGUAUCGAACGGUACCGGCAUGUGGGGAAAUAAGUCUCGUCAGAAUUCACGACAUUUAACAGAUGGUGUUCUUGCAUCAAAUGCAGACGAGAUGGAGCUGACGAAGCAUGCUUACUAUGAGCUGCAUUCAGAUAAUGCUCACGGUCGAUCGCAAGACUCCAUCACGGUGCAUCAGCAAGUUUGAACAUAGAGCCACUCUUUAAAAAAGAGGCUGAAAUCGGUAGACAGUACGAAGUGUAGUUUUAGAAUAAGCAUAAACUGAGCAUUCAUUCUCAAAGGGUUUUCGGUGGAAAUAUGGAUCACCCGAAGCCGGACUGUCUAGAUCCCGAGAAGUGGGGCACCGGUCCCGAACCAACUGCGCCGUCCCGUCCCUAGCC